CAUUCACGGCGCACGUGAAGGCAAAAAUCAGCGAUUAACAAGAAAUCCGAAGAAAACACGACUGACUUUGUUUAUCGCUUUGAUUGUCGCGGAGUUUUAUAUAUAUAAUACUUGUUUACAUCGCAUCGUCUAUUCAUUACUCAUCCAUCACUUGGGAUUCAUGGCUGUACGUUUGUUUGCUCGUCACAGCCGCUCUGUUUGGAAUUCCAGGAUCCACGCAUCCAGCGAACUGUCAAGUCGCUGUAGAGAACCUUAUGGUUAUCAUGCAGAAUAUUCGACAAUGAAGUCGCGCCAUGUUCGCAUUGUGGAAGUGGGAGCGCGAGACGGGUUACAGAAUGAGAAGGAAGUUGUGCCGACGGAAAUUAAAAUAGAGCUCAUUGAAAAAUUGGCGGAUGCCGGUUUAACAACCAUCGAGGCUACAAGCUUCGUCUCACCAAAAUGGGUUCCACAGAUGGCCGAUCAUCACGAAAUAAUGUCCAGAUUAAAACGAAAACCGGGUGUCGUCUAUCCAGUUCUGGUGCCAAACCUGAAAGGUUUCGAAAAAGCCUUGGAAGUGCAUCCACAGGAAGUUGCAGUUUUCACCACCGCUUCGGAAAGUUUCAGCAAGAAAAACACGAACAGCACGGUUGAAGAAAGUCUGAAGAGAUGCAGAGAAAUUGUUGCCGCCGCCAAGCAGAAUAAUAUCAGAGUAAGAGGAUACGUGUCGUGCAUAGCCGGAUGUCCGUACGAAGGCAAAAUUGAUCCUUCCGCUACAACAAGAGUUGCUGCCGAGCUUUACAAGAUGGGCUGCUAUGAAAUUUCCCUCGGUGACACCAUUGGUGUGGGUACUCCGGGAUCGAUACAAAAAAUUUUGUCUCAAGUGUGCAAAAGUGUUCCUAUCGAAUCACUGGCUGUCCAUUUCCAUGAUACAUACGGACAGGCCCUUGCUAACGUUCUAGUAGCAAUUGAGAUGGGCAUUAACGUGGUGGAUACUUCCGUCGCCGGACUGGGAGGGUGUCCGUAUGCUCCCGGCGCCAGUGGGAACGCGGCAACGGAAGAUGUUGUAUAUAUGUUGGACGGGUUAGGGAUUGAUACUGGUGUAGAUCUGAACAAGCUAAUUAUUACUGGUGAUUUCAUCUGUAAAUUCCUCAAACGACCGAAUAACUCCAAAGUGGCUCAGGCUUUUCAAAGACGAUUAAGCAAGGAAGGAAAUCAAAAAGAAAAAUGCAUUUAACUGUGAUAACGGUAUUUGUCCGCGUUCUGUUUGAACUGCACCAUAUUUUUAGUUUUUAUUUCACAUUCUGUGCGAUUGUUUAUAUCUCUUUCACUCGUGUUACUGUGCAGUAUUUAAAUUAGAAAUCUGUUUAAAUAUCACUGGAAACCACAUGAAAACUCGCAAGCAAUA